AUUCGGUGGUGCCAAGUGCAUCUGCCUCUUCCACGCAGAGAAGUUGGAAAUCUUGCAAUCUUUGACAGCCCAAACAAACUAUAGCAUUUUGCUAAAGCCAAGCAAAACAUACAAGCAUUGCUGCAUUGGCCUACAAAGUCUUCAAAUUGUGAGCUUUGCAGCUAUGAGCUCUAUGCCCGAAGACUUGGUGGACAAGUUGAACAAAUUGGUAAGCAAUGAGGAUGUGCCAGUUUUGAAAAGGGUGCAGCAAGUUUUUGAAUGCCUUCAAAAGAAUGGGUUUGGGCACAAAGCUAUGGUGAAGCCCAGAGAAACACUGACCCAUCCCAGUAACAGAGGUGGCAGCCUUCUGAAUGCAACUGAUGUCUGGGACAAGGGAAUGAGAAUGGCUGGAAUUGGAAUCCAACCUUCCAUGCUGCAAGAAGGAGGAGUGGCUUUUGAAAUCAGCACUGACCAGACUACCAAGCAGAGUCAGCUGAAAGCCAAUGAGGAAGUGGUAGCUGGCUCCAAUGGUGCCCUUGCAAAAGUGUCAAUGGAGGAGCGGUACCUCACUGUGGCCACUUCCCACACUGCUGCUUUCUGCAAAGCAGUGGAGCAAGGUUGCAAGAGUGCUGAUGGAAUGUCAGUGGAGAUGAAAUCAGAUGAUGGUUUGCACAAGAUAAUCACUGAAGGUUGGCCUAUGUUUGUGAUCAAUGAAAUGGUGGAAAGGAGCAUUCCUUCUUUGCCUGCUUGGUUGCAAAUGGCCAUGAAUUCAGUGAACAUGGGCUUCAAGCAGGUCAAUGAAAUUGAGGCUGCUGCUUUGAUGGCUGAAUUCAUCAAACAUGGGAAGACCUUGAAUGAAGCCCUGGCCCAAGUGGAGAAGACUGAUCCUCUGUGCAAGCCUCAAUUGCAUGCCAUUGCCUACUAUGUCAGCAGGUAUGGUGGAGGUAAGACAUAUGGCAGCUUGCAACUGGGUCUUGAAAUGAUGACCACCAUUGCCUACAUGGACAUGAAGGUGGGCUACAAUGAUGAGUUCUUCAAAGAGCCAGGCAAGAAGGAAGAGAUCUUGAAAUUAGAGAAUUUGGUGGGUGCUAAGCCUUUUGAAGUGGCUUUGCUGCAGCAUGACCACCUGCAAAUUGGCAAGCUGCAUCUUGGUCUUGUCUUGAAGCUGAAGUACUCCAACAUGAAGGUGGGAUCCUCCAAAGUGUUUGAGCUGGUGAAAUGUGAAGAUGAUGGCUUCACCUUUGUCCAUUCCCCUUUUUUUGGCCCCAAGGAGGAGUUGAAAGUUGCUUUCGAAGAGUUGAGCAAAUGGAAGAAACACAAAGGUGGAGCCCCAACUGCUUGCUCCAAAGACAUGCUGCAGAAGUUGCUUGUGCAUAACAGUGUGGCCUUGCAAGAUGAAAUGGCCAAGUGCACAGUGCAGAAAGUGCUGCUGGAAACAUGCCAACAACAUACAAUGGACAAUCAGACUUUGCUGUUCACCCAAAAUCCAACUGGUGCUUGGGCUGCAAAGAAUUUGAAAAAGGGAGAAUUGAAGUUGUAUCCAGCAGGCACUGUCAGCAAAUUGAAGCAAAGUCCUAAAGGAAAGCUGACUGCCUUGUACAAUGGUCAGCACUUUGCCAUUGCCUCCUUUGCCAGGGCCAAUGAUUUUGAUGAGGAGAAAGGAGUGAUGGAUCCUUUUUUCUGGGUGAAGAGCAGCAGUGAUCCUGAUGAAGUCACUAUGGUUGCAAGCACCCAGGUCAUUGACAAGGUUCAAUUGCCUCUCUUGACCAAUGCCAAAGCAUUGAAGGCUGGUGAGCAAUUGGUGGUUCUGAAGCCAUCUGAAGAAAAUCAGGAAGCUGCUGCCUCUGGCUCUGCACCCCAAGCCAAGAAAAGGCAAACUUGGGAUGUGAAAUGGAAAGAUGACAAGUGGGUCUCCUUUCCUGCUUCUAUGAUUGAAACCUUUGAAGGCAAAUCCUAUUUGAGACUGAGGCCAACAUGUUACAGCUUGGUGUCAUUGCUGAGCAAAGGUACUGCCAGCAAGAAUGCUAGCUUUGCAACUAGCCCUGAACUGGCCAAGCUGGUGGCCAUGAGGAAUGAAGCUGCUGUGAAAAAGGCAUAUGGUCAAGCUGAUGCAGAGCAGGAACAUGAUGCUGCUGCUGAGAGUGGAGCUGGAUCUGAUGAGGACAAUGCACAGCCAGCUUCUAAAAAAAGAAAGGUUCCACCUGGAGACUACACAGUGGAAAUCAAUGUAGAUGAUACAUUGAUAGAAGUGCUUCUGCAAGGGAAACGACCUGCAAGAUCAGACCUUUUGGUCUGCAUGGAGCCUGACCAAUUGGACUGUGUUUUUGGCAAGCUUGCACUGGAUGUGGAAAAGUGCCUCAAUGCAGAGAAAAGGCUGUAUAAGGGCUUCAAAGCCUUUGUAGCUUGCAAAUUCAAAGCCUUUCAGGCUUCCAAGCUCAUUGGGAUCUGGAGUGACCAUUACUACACCAAUGUGCUGUUCAGUGGCUGGAUGUGGAGAAAUGGGAAGAGGAAAGAAGACACUGAAGUGGCUCUGCUGGCCAAGGCUCAGGAUCAAAAUGUGAAGGAUACAGUGGUGGUGAACCCUGAGCUGGACCCAAGUGACUUGGAAAGGCCCUCUUCUCCAACUGAAUGUGGUGAUAAUGAAGAGGGUGAUGAUGCAGCCACUGAAGCUCCAACAAUGUUUGGAAAUGAGAUUGUGGUGGACCCCAAUGAGAUGGAGCAGAACUGGUACGCCUCAAGGAUGCAGGAGGUGGAGGAAGAGUGGGAGUGGGUGAAGGAGGAGAAGGUGCAGAAAAAUGUAGUGGAGGAGGUGAAAAAGUUAAUGAAGGAGGUGAAAAAGGAAAUGGAGGAGGAGAAAAAGGAAAUGGAUGAGGAGAAAAAGGAAAUGGAUGUAAAGAAAGUGGCACCAAGCAGAAAAAGAGUGACACCAGCAGCUCUGGCUCCCAGCAGCAAAGUGCCCAAGCUGGAGCCACUGCCACCUCCUCCUGGCCCUCCACCAAGUGGACCUAGCAGCUCAAGCACUGCUGCUAGCCCUGGUGCAAUGCCACCGCCACAAGUGCCAGCUGCAAAACAAGGAGGUGGCUGGAUGAACAAAUGUGUGGCCUUGAGUCACCUGGUCCUCAAAGGGCAAGUGCUGCAAGCACAAGAACUGGUCAAGAAGUUUGAGAAGAGCCCUCACUUCAAGAACUGUCUGGUGCAGCAUGAGGGCUUGAUGAAGAGUGAGGGGGUUGACCCAAAACGGGACUACUUGAAGAAGUAG